GCUGCUGCAAAGCAAGUGUUUGCUUUCUUUUGCUUUAUAUUGCAUAUGCAAAUUUAAUGUACUGUCAGGUGAGCAGUAUUUUUUUUUAUGUUGCGUUCUUUUUACAGAACCAGUGGAAAACUAACAUAUUCUCACUGUGGCCUUAAAUGGGUGAUGGGUUUGGACUUCUCUUCUUUUUCAGUGUAGAACAAAUUAUGCAACAAAUCACUUAGAUACAUUUCAACAAGAAGAAUUACACCACCACAAAAAAUGGAUAAAGUCCUUCUGUAAGUUCAAAGAGAGACCAUUUUUAUUAGUACGAUUAUUUUUAUUUUUCCUUCAAUAUACCCUGCUUAUGUGUUUUUCCACAAAGUCAAAGUGAGUAAGAGAACCGUAUUUUAUAGCACAAACUUAUUGUAUGAAAAUAUAUAUUUACAUUUUACCCAGGAAAGGAAACCUUUUGGAACCAUUUGCACAGUGAUGUCAUAAUUCUGCCUGGAUAUUUGACCGAUCAGAAAUGAUUACGUGGUUCCUGGCAUAUAGACGGAUUUUAACCAUAGAUGGUCCACAAAUUGUCCAUAAGUCUUUGUGCAUCCUUAAAAAAAUCUUUAAAAAGUUUUAAAUUCAUUAAAGAAAAUGUAGGUUGGCUUUCAAUAUGUUAUAUAUUUUGUCGUGGCAGGACUAUGUAGUCAUAUAUGUUCUAACUAGGUUUUAAUUUGCAGGACUUUUCCAACUUCACCUAAAGCCCUAGCUCUAUGGCUAGCUAGCCAGUUAACUAAAGAGCCAUGUUAGAUGUGAAAAGCACAAAACUAUCAAGAGCCACAAAAAGAUUUUUGUCCCCUACAUUCCUCCUGUGCAUCUCAUGAUGUAGGUCUUACAUUUUAUUCAAAAUGGACUUGAAAAGGGUUUUACAUUUGAGUCGUGAAAAACGCAGAAACCUAAAUAACAUUUAGAAGCUGACUUUCGAACCGACACUAAUCCAAACUAUCAAAAACUUAAACAUUUUACUGAGGAAUAUAAUAUUUAACCAAAUAUAACUGGACCUGUAUAUGAACAGUUGGACCUGUACAUUUGGACUCUCCUCUUGUUAUUUCAAUGUAUUGAGGUAGUUUCUUGCAGAAUCCUUCCACCGUGCAAAAAGAACUGUUCAAAUCUAUGUGUAAGGAGCUGAAGCGUAUCUCACAUCCAUGGCCCACAUUGAGGGUGUGUAAAGUUUCUGCCUGUUUGGCAGAAACAGGCAGAAACUGUUUCUAUAUAAUUAUAGAAACAAUAUUACCAGACAUAAUGUGUCUGGUAAUAUAGUUACCAGACAUUGUUCCCAGUAACAAUGUGUCUGGGAAUCUAAUGUUGUGGGUUAGCCGCAGUAAACCCACAUACUGAUGUCUGUGAAUUUACUGCCUGGUCAAAUAUACGACACUGGGAGUCGUUUAAUUACAUCAAUUGGCUUUGCUUUAAUUCAAAUGAGAAAUAAAUUGUAGUUUUUAAAAAAUAUAUUUUCAUUAUCAAAGCUGCAGUAUGUAACUUUUUAUAAGAAAUAUUUUGUUGACAGUUGUUGAAAGUGUCACCACGUUGCAACAAUACGGCACGAGACAGAAAACUUGUGAAAAAAUCAAGUUCCUCUGCCUUUUCCUAGAGCUAACUACAAACAAAAGGAGGCGGGCCUUAGCGCUGUCAAUCACAUCGCUUGCUGCUUUGCUGAUGCUAAGGCCAGUUAGCAUAGACAUUGUUGAUGACAGAUAAAGGGUCUUGCUGUGACAGUAAAUUGUUUCUCCGUCAUUAACAUAUUUAGCAGGGCGUACAUGAGGAUGAUUGACAGCGUUAAGACCCUCCUCCUGGCUCUGAUUGGUUUGUUUUUGGGGCAUUUCUUUCAAUGGCAAUAGCAGCUCAGAGAGGAGUUGAAGGAGAUUGUUUUCCUGUUUUUUCUUCACAAUGAACUGUCACAACAUGGUCCCAGUUUUAACAAAUAUGUUUAUGGUUCUAUACAGUAUGAUUAUAAUUAUGCAUAUGCAAUAUAUAUCUUUCUGAACAUGGAAUAUUUACAUAGUCGCCACAGGCCUGUUCCAUGUGGAAGAGCUAAAAAUAGCGUUAUGCAGAGCUUCUAAUCAAAGUCAGAGCUGCUCACCACCGUGACCUCAUGUGGAAACCACGCCGAUCCCCUCAGCCCCAGCAGACUAACCAGCACAUUUUCCGUCGACUCCAUAUAAACACCGGGUAGUCUUUAGUUUAGUCGUAGACAGGACAGGAAGCGUGUCCCCCGUCUGACUCCCAGCAGGACGCUUCCGCAGAUCCGGAUAGCGGGCGGCCGAAGCAGCUACGAAGGCCGGGUGGAGGUUCAGGUCGGGUCCAAGUGGGGCACAGUGUGCAGCACAGGCUGGACGACGAAGGAGGCCAUGGUGGCCUGCAGGCAGCUAGGGCUCGGCUACGCCAUGCACGCCGUCACCGAAACCUGGUACUGGGACAGCAGCAACGUCACAGAGAUGAUGAUGAGCGGCGUGAAGUGCACAGGAAGUGAGAUGGCUCUGAGCCAGUGCCAGCAUCACAAAACCGUCAACUGCCAGAAAGCGGCCGCAAAGUUUUCAGCAGGAGUCAUCUGCUCAGAGACCGCCUCUGACCUCGUCCUGAAUGCCUCCCUGGUGGAGCAGACGGUCUACAUCGAGGACCGUCCUCUGCACAUGCUCUACUGCGCCGCCGAGGAGGACUGCCUGUCCAAGUCAGCGGCCAAAGCCAACUGGCCGUACGGACACCGGCGGCUGCUCCGCUUCUCCUCCCAGAUCCACAACGUCGGCCGGGCCGACUUCAAGCCCAAAGCCGGGCGCCACUCGUGGGUGUGGCACGCCUGUCAUGGCCACUAUCACAGCAUGGACAUCUUCACCCACUAUGACCUGCUGAACGCUAACGGCAGCAAAGUGGCAGAGGGCCACAAAGCCAGUUUCUGCUUGGAGGACACAGAUUGUCAAGAAGGUGUUUCGAAACGAUACGAGUGCGCCAACUUCGGCGAUCAAGGCAUCACGGUCGGUUGCUGGGACUUGUACCGCCACGACAUUGACUGCCAGUGGCUUGACAUCACAGACGUCAAACCUGGAAACUACAUCAUGCAGAUCGUAAUCAAUCCGAAUUACGAAGUGGCCGAGAGCGACUUCACAAACAACGGCAUGAAAUGCAACUGCAAAUACGACGGACACAGGAUUUGGCUCCACAACUGUCACAUCGGUGACGCGUUCAGUGAGGAGGCAGAGAAAAGAUUUGAGAAAUACCCCGGACAGAUAAACAACAGGAUCUCCUAACUGUGGACGCCGCCUCCAUUGUGGGAUGGAUGAAUAAAAAUACGCCUCCGUAUUUCUAUUGGUUUUCAGGUGCUUACAUGAAUCCCCAUAUUAUUCCUUCAUAGUUGUGUUUUUAUACUUGAAUAUUCAAGUGGCUUUGAUUAUGUCCUCUAGUUUAAUGUGAGUUUGUACUUACUUUUUUAUUUUUUUUUAUUUUUACAAAUUCAGAUUUUAUAGUUUUUCAGUCGAUGUUUGACACGAUGUACAGUCCUCUAUUGAAUGUUUUAGUUGCAAUGAAGCUUUAAUGUUUUGGCAUAACAAAAUUAAUUUGCCUUUAGAAUGCAGAGUCCAAGCAUGAAACCCAAUAAACUCAUGUUUAGUUCAUCUUAAGCAACCAAAACAUGAGCCAGAGCCCCAGAUAUCUGGUUGAGUUUGUGGUUUCAACAAGAAAAAAUAAAUGGUAAACAACUUUUUCAAGGUACCCGAGAAGGGAACAAAUUUACCAAGAUGCAUUUUAUCAGUGUACUAAUGCUGCCAAAGUGUAUGUACUGUACAACAAUGACCUGUUGUUUUACUCCUGUAAGCGUUAAGCUACAGUUUGAUCAGUAAAUGUGAUUUGAACGCAAACCUUUACAAAAACAUCCAGGUUUUCUGUCUCCCAUCCCAAUUUUGGUUCUGCAAAUGUAUGUUAGAACUGCUGCAAUAUGUAGUGAAUGUAUUUAUUUCCAGUAUGCGUUCAUCAGCAAGUGUUCUCUCCAGUUCAAAGCCGUGCGUCGCUCCAGGCUGGGUUUAGCUCCUCCGCAUUGGCAGAAAAAAACAUGAAGAUGUGUGUAUGUAUUGCUGAUAUAACCACACCUGUUGCAUCAAAUAAAGCUCAAUUGAAUGAUAA